GGUCCGGGCCCCAGGCCCCGCCCCCGUGCUCCGCAGCUCGGGCAGCCGCAGGUGCGGGAGCUGAAAGGCCGCACCGCCCCCAGCCCGCCGCCCGCCGCCAUGGAAGCAGCGCCCGCCCCGGCUCUCCUGAGCGUCCCGCAGGCCGAGGUGCUGGAGGACGUGCUGCGGGAGCAGUUCGGGCCGCUGCCCCAGCUGGCCGCCAUCUGCCGGCUCAAGCGGCUGCCCUCGGGCGGCUACUCCUCGACCGAGGACCUCCAGUUGGUGCUGGAGCGGCGGCGCGUGGCCAACGCCAAGGAGCGCGAACGGGUGAGCGCCCUGCGCCGCGCGGGUCCCCAAGGCCACCCGGGCUCGGCCGCCUCACGACCCGCUGCUCGCCACCAAACACCUGGCCGGUAGCCCGUGCACCCACUUACCCCCACCCGCGGGGUUCCGAGGCGACUCGAACCUCCUGAGGCCCGAGGUUCCGUCGUCCGGGAGACGUUCGCUGACGCUAGGAUGGCCUCCUCACCUGCUGACCACCCGGAACGGGGUCAAGGGGUGGGAGUGGGGACACGCGAGGCCCCUGACAACGUUAAAAAUGUCUUGCCUUGGCAAGUGCUUUCAAAAAGGUUAGCGCCCAGGAGUCGCGCUUAAAUCUCCCAACCACUCGGCGCUGGGUAGGCGCUUGGGGUGCAAAGGGCUCCCACCACCCCUUUCCCUUCUGCAUCUCUGCCUCGAAGCAAGUAUGGGGUGAGGGGGCCCAGUGGAAGUUACUCUUUUCUCUUUUUUUAGAGUAAGGAAACACGGUGCAGGGGUGCGCACGGGACUUGCACUCCAGCUAGUGUUGUUUCCCAAUCAGGCUGGGACGCCGCGGUGAAUCACAACGCGGAAUGGUCUUGUGCGCCGUAGUCCGAGCGGCAUCUACUGGUGGCUUUUAGUAUUUCUCAUCGAACCUGGGCCCCCCAAUUUGUCCAAUCUGGCCUCCCUUCUGCUCUUUGCAGACCUGGGGGUUUGGCCG